UGCCAUUCAGCAAUAUUUUCUAAACUUUUAAUUGGUUCAAUUUAUGUAUUUUAAUUUGUUUAUUUAUACCAAAAUAUGUUUCCAAGGACAAAGAUUAUGGAGGGAUAUAUUGGCGGAUAAAUCGAAAAUUUUAGUAUAAAAUAUUACUUUCUGAUAUUCAUGGCAAAUACUCAAUACUAUGUAAAUUUCUCUUUUAUAAUGCUUUUGAUGGUGUGUAAAGCUGUUUGUUUUAGUAAUAAAUAAACCCAACAAUGUACAGAAGUUUAAAAAAAAAACGUACGCAUAAUAUGAGCAACAUUAACAUCAAAAUAAAGGAAUAAGAAUAAGGACAAUGUUAAUAAAAUAUAAAAUUGUAAGUUCUAGAAUAGUAAAUCUUGCUUUGUCCCAAUCCAAAAAGAUGUCUUUCUGUGCAAACCUUGGUUUCCUAUUUAAGGAAGAAAACAAUUUAAUACAUAGAUAUAAACUAGCAAAACAGGCAGGAUUUUAUGCAGUAGAAACACCCUUUCCAUAUGGAUAUGAGAAAGAUGAAGUAGUAGCAGCUAAAAAUGCUGCAAAUAUCAACCAAGUUCUGAUAAAUAUAUAUACUGGAGAUGUUUCUAAAGGGGAAUUGGGAUUUGCUGCUAUUCCUGGCAAAGAAGAAGAAUUCAAAAAGAGUAUGUUGCUCACAAUAGAAUAUGCCAAAGCGUUGGGUGUCCAGAAAAUUCACAUAAUGGCAGGAAAAAUUACUGGAGCUGUUACAUCUGCUCAUGACACUGCAUACGAAAAUAAUCUUCAAUGGGCAGUACAGUUAUUGGAAAAAGAAGACAUAAUGGGAUUAAUAGAGCCUAUAAACAACUAUUCAGUCCCCAAUUAUUAUUUAAAUUCCUAUGAAAGAGCUGUAGCAGUAAUCAAAAAAAUUAACAGUUCAAAAUUAAAAUUAAUGUUGGACAUCUUUCAUCUCCAAAUGAUAAAAGGAAAUAUUACUAAUUCCAUUGUAGAAAUGAUGCAAUACGUAGGACAUGUUCAAAUUGCACAAGCACCUAAUAGACAUGAACCGAACAGCCCAGGAGAAUUAGAUUAUAGAUAUAUAUUGGAUACAUUAGCUCAAAAAGGAUAUAACGGUUGGAUAGGCUUAGAAUAUCUACCACAGAAUGAGACCGUGGAGGGAUUAUCAUGGAUUAAAAGCUUUGGUUUCACACUUAAAAACAUGUAAUAGAACAAGUUAUAGCUUUUGAUUUAGUUUUAUUUUUCUAUAUUGAAUAAAAACAGAUUACAUAUUU